UGCAUGUUGUGAUCUCUCAGCUACUCAAUUUCCCCAAAAGCCGCCCGACCCAAGCUUAUUCCCCAAGCCGCGGCAACCUUAUUAGCCACUUUCGAUCUGACCGCAGACAUCCAAUCAGUACUGGGCAACUGCAGUCCAGUCCGGCCAGGCCGAUAAGCCCACGCAGCUCGCACGGCACUAAACCCAACUGGUCCGCUGAAUCGUCGAUUCGCGAUUUGCUUAAUUAUCACGCCAUUGCAACUCCGCGACUGCCCCUGCCGUUCUCUGGACAGAUUCUACUCGUUUUCCGCUUGAAAUCCAGGCCUCUGGUCUCGGAGAGGAUCCGUGGGACGCGAAUAGGUAUCCUACCAGCUGCCCUGAUAGGUUUAGGUACGCCCGUAAGCCAGAACAGGUAUCUCGUAGCAUGGCGCAACUCGUCGCAUAAAGGCAAUAAUGGCGCGAGGUAAUCACGACCCUGUCAUCCACGUGUAAUUUUUUUUCUUUUUUUUUCUUUUCUGUUUUUCUCUCGUAUUGCCGGGAUCGACUUGCUUUAAAUGCUGCAGGGUCUGUAGAUCGAGAAAGGUUUUUUUGCUUCUUAUCUGUUCACUGGUUUCUUCUUUCUACCCUUGUCACUCUUCUCCGCGCCCUCUUGACUAGCUUACCCUUUCCUCCCCUCCCUCAUUCAUCAUGUCGAAGAUCAAAGAAGUCGACGAGAAACAACAGCCAGGCUAUCUGUCGAGCACGGAAGGUGACGAGGCGAGCUCGUUCGACACGAUCACAGCCCUCGUGGCCGAAGACCACGAACAUGAAAUCAAGCUGCGAACUAUGUCAUGGCAGAAAACCGCCGUUCUACUGGCGGGCGACCAGGUCUGCCUGGCAAUCAUGGCGCAGUCCUGGUCUCUCUCAGUCCUCGGAUGGGUUCCCGGUAUAAUCACCAUGGUCCUCGCUGGUGUUUUGUUCUGGAUUACUUCUAUUACCAUGCACAAGUAUAUCAUGAAGUACCCGCAAAUCAAGGAUAUUUGCGAUUUCGGAUACUACGUCUUUGGCCAAAGCAAGGGAGCCUACGUCUUUUCGGCCUUCAUGCUUCUCGCCAACAAUAUCCUGUUGAUCGGUUUCCACGUUCUCACUGGAGCCAAGGUCCUGAACACUCUGUCGGGCCACACUCUAUGCACGGCUGUCUUCUCCGUCAUUGCGACUAUCAUGGGCAUUAUCAUGUCCGCUCCACGGACUCUGCACCAUGUUAGCUUCAUGUCGAUGUUUUCCGCUGCCUGCAUGGGAAUUGCCAUCCUUCUCUUCCUCGUCUUCGCCGGAAUUGAAAAGGCCCCGUUGUACGGGUACAAUGGCGACUACCCCACCGACGGGCCUGUCAAGACCUACGCCUUUCCUCUACCCGGCACCACCUGGGUUGCCUGCAUGAAUGCCGUGCUGAACAUCACCUUCCUCUGGGUGCCGCAGAUCCUCUUCCCAUCCUUCAUCGCCGAGAUGGAACGCCCGCAGGACUUCCCCAAGGCCCUCGCCGUUCUCGCAGCUAUCUCGGCUAUACUCUUCAUCGUGCCCCCAGCCAUUGGCUUCAGGUAUCUGGGACAGUACUCCACGGCGCCUGCUUUCGGCAGUCUCGGUGUGACCGCGUAUAAAAAGGCCUCGUUCGGAUUCGUCAUCGUGCCCACGCUCAUCAUCGGCGUGAUCUACGCCAAUGUCACGGCGAAAUUCAUCUACGGCCGAGUCCUGGGCAAAUCCAGACACGCCCACAGCAAUACCGUCAUCGGAUGGGGAGUCUGGGGCCUGAUUAUGAUUGGUAUCUGGUUGCUUGCAUUCGUCUUCUCCGAGGUUGUCCCCAGCAUGGGCGAUUUCCUCUCGCUGCUCAGCGCGGCCUUUGAUUCGUUCUUUGGAUACAUUUUCUUUGCUGUCGCUUAUUGGCAGCUGAACCGAGGUCAAUUGUUCAGCGGGUUGACCAGGACGACUAUGACGCUUGUUAAUAUUUUUAUAAUGAUCGUUGGCCUUUUUAUUCUGGGACCGGGCCUGUAUGCCGCGGUGGAGGCUAUCAUUGCCGAUUACUCGGGCGCUACAACGCCUGCGUUUACAUGUGCUAAUAUGGCUAUUUGAAGGAGACAUGGGGAAAUGACGAUGAAUUCACGAGGAAUGAAGAGUUAGAGAGUUGAUAGCUUCAUACUUUCAUGUCACACUACUAUGCUGAAGCACGGCUCACAUAGGAGAGAUGAAAAUAAUAACAUGCUACUCGGCACAGUGACACUGCAUUUCAAUUGCAGUUCACAUGACCGGUCCGGACAAUUUGCUACAUAUAGAUAAUUACACAAUAACGAGAAACCCGGUCAAAAAAGCUAAUAUCCAACCUAAAUGGGUCUCCCAAUUCCCCUUAUUGGUCGGAUUCUCUCCACACAGGGAUGAUCACAAUUUCGACGAUCGCUUUUCGAGGACUUGGAGCACGACGUAGGCAACUACAGAGCAUGUUAGACAUAUGUUUCCAGAAGAAGGCCCCAUUUUUUUUUGGAACAGAGUGGUACAGCAAGUGCGGAAACCAGACAAGACAAACAGGACGAGAAGAGGUAGAUUCAAUUAAGAUUAAGACACUUAGGGUACGCGGUUUUUCCUCUAGGUAUCCAGUUGCGGGGAAAGGAAAGAUGGGAGGAAGGAAGAGGAGAAGAGUAGAGUGUAAAGGUAGGAGGAAUGAAACGGCUAUAUCAACAGCCAGAGCAAGAGCAAAAUCAAAGUGAUGUUUCAAGGGGGGUAUACGGGGUAUCAAAAAGCCUCAAAUGACUGAUUAGGGCAUUGGCAUAUCGACAUGGAGGACACGCCGAAGGAACAGCCCAAAUCAAUAGAUGGCGUCUCCUUUCAUCGUGAAGAGGCAAGAUUGGAGAGAGAUAUCAAAACAAAAAGUAGGAAAAGAUGUCGUAUGACAAGGUCACAAAAGCACAAGGGGAUAUGGAGAUCGUGUAGAUGACGGAACCAAGAUCGGAGCAGGAAAAAGGCAAAAAGAAUAAGGACGAAAUGGGUAUCUACUCACUGGCAGCAACAACAGCAGCACGGCCAGCUCCGGCCUUCGCACUUCCGCCACCCAGAGUCAAGAUGAAGCGCAGCCAGCCGAGCGGCACCUUCUGGCCGCUACGGUCAAAGUCGGGCACCAGGGCGCUGGCGGCCUUGAAUUUGCUCAGCUUGCCGGCAUAGGGCGGGUAGCGGAUAGAGAGGAUAGACUCGAGCCAGCCAGGGCUGCUGGUAAUGGGACGGCGGUGCACCCAGACAUCGAAGCUGGAGCGGCCGCGGUAGGCACCGUGACCACUCUCACCGACACCGCCGAAGGGAAGAGUGGGGAUAUGCAAGGCAGCGUCGUUGCAAGAGACACCACCGGAGCGGGUGGAGGCGAUGACUUC